AUGAGUGGGACGGGUAGAUUACCAACUUUGUCUAGCAAGGAUAACAGGCCAAGUUUAAAAUUUAAACCCAAAGCUAUAGCAAGAAAAUCAAAGGAAGAAAGAGAGGCAGCUGCUGCGAAAAUUAAAACCGAAGAAAAAGAUUCAUUUAAUAAUAAGAACUAUCAUGGUGAUAAUAAGAAAAAGUACUCCAAAAGAUUACCAGGAAUAAAAAAACAACCAAGAUAUUUACAGAAUACUCAUGUAAUUUCUUCAGGUCCACUGGCUGCAGGAAACUUUGUUUCUGGAGGUUCAUCGAGAACAACUAGUUUUUUUAGAAAGGGAGACCAAGCAUCGGCCGCUGCAACUUUAUUAAAAAAGGGAAUUGCUGGAAAAGAUGCCGAUGAAGAAAAUGACGAUGAUAAUGGUACUGGAAUCGCCAAAUUAAAUAUGGGUAGAGAAUACAAAACGCUUGACAUCUUAAGUUCUGAUGAUGAUGAUGAUGAUGAUGAUGGUGGCAACGAGGAGGAAAACAAUAAUGGUAAUGAAAAUAAUGCUUCUGAACCAAGUACAAGUGCUGCAAUGAAUUCAGAAGAUCCGCAUCUUAUCUCGAUGUUCCCGGUCAGACCAAUACGUAUUAAUCAUGAAGAAAUAAAUACAGCUAAAAUAGAAGUUCAACAAUCCAUGAGUACAACGACAUCAAAGGAACCAACACCUGGGUUUAUAAAAUUAGAAGAGAUCAAUAAUGAAAAUAAUUUGCUUGAAAAGAAAAAAGCCGAACUAAAUAAAAGAUUAGAAAAGAUGAAUUUGGGAAAUGAAUUCAAAUCUGUUAAUGUCGAAGAAAGUUUGGAAGAAAUGAAGUUAAUGGUUAAAGAUUACAUACAUAUUAAUAAGAAAUUAGAAAAAGUUCACAACUCGGAUAGACAGUUUUUAGCAUUCCAGAUUCCUCCUAUAUUUCCAACUACCACUGUAGUGGAGGAUUCUACUAAUAAAAAUACAACAAUUACACCACUUACAGGAAAUAUUGGUAGAUUGAGAAUACAUAAAUCAGGGAAAAUUACUAUUAAAAUAGCUGGUGUAGUUAUGGACAUUACAAAAGGUAGCGAAACAUCAUUCAUACAAGAUGUUGUUGCCUUAGAUUCACAUGACGAAGAAACUGUCGAACAUUUGGGCCAAAUAGAAAGUAAGAUUAUAGCAAUUCCCAAAAUAUGA